AUGGAUACUGAAGCUGUGCUGAUAAAUGUUGCUGAAAUGAUUGAUCUGGCAAUCGGCACACCAGAGCUGGGUGUGGUGGACUUCUGCAUGCUCCAAACAGUACUGCAUUGCCUAGCCCAGCAGAUGCGGAUCUUGGACAAAAAUGUUGAACUAAGAGGUGCUGCAGCAGGGCUUCCUGUUGGAAGGCAGUUGGAAACCGGUGAAACUAUAAAAAUUAAUGAAUUUAUUGUACAGCCGGAUGGCGCAACUCAGCCAUCAGAAAAUCCAGAGACUAUGUUAGUAGUUGACAGAAUACAAAAGGACACGGGAGUACCAAAGAUACUGAAGAGGCAGAAAAAGCCACCUAAAGCAGAACCCUCAGCUGCUAAAGUAGCAAAGUCCAAAUCGGUGGUGACUGCUAAGUCCAAGGCGGCAGUGCCCGAAGGAGAAUUACCAGAAGGGGAGUUACCAGAAGGGGCUGAAGGGGCCGAAGGGGACGAAGAAGCCAAGGAAGGCGUGGAAGGCGGGGAAGUCGUGGGAGUUGGAUCGGCCGCAUCAGGACAACGGAUUGGAGCGUUGACGUCUAGUGAAAAGCUUUGUCUUGUCACCCUCAGCAAGUUUAAUGUGCUAGAAACAGUUGUACAAGACUUGAAGAACCGCGUCUAUGGCAGUAUUCCUAAGAAUGAGGAAAUUAUAGAAGAAGUCAGGUCGCAAACAAACUUGAAGGCUAUCACUGAAAUGUGGACAUCUUUAAACGUUUCAUCCCGGCUGGAGGCCACCGAGCAAGGUGUCGCCAAGCUAAGCUCAUUGGUGCAAGAUCUCGUCGGACAGACAUCCCAACUCAAUAUGACUCCUCAAAAUGCCACAAAAAGUUCUACACGUCCUUCAACGUUUGGUGCUAAGUCUACAAUAAGUACUGCACAACCUAAAUCUGUGGCUUUACUUGCUGGGGAAGAGAGUGUGCCUUCUACUUUAACUGCGGCGGGCGGCGCUGCGCAGUCAAUGCAAGUUCCUGCCGGAAUCACGGACCCUUCGGGAGUCUUACCCUACUCCAAUUCGGUACCCGAGGCUGGCAUGGAUUAUACGACUAAGGCAGAGUUCAAAGAUCUUGAGAAUUAUGUAGAAACACUUAGAGGAAUACAGGAUCACCUGUCUGACACGUUCUAUGGUGCUAUGAAGGUUUUGAAUGUAAAAGUUGAUCCACCUUCUCAGUCAGAUGAAAGAAGGGGUGGAGCUCGACGGGCUAAAGAUUCCCCAAUUGGUGCAGGAGGUGUGCCCUCGACUACUGGUGCUUCAGAAAUGGAUGCUGCCAGUAUGGAAAAAUUAAGGAUUCUUACCAAUCGUCUUAAGGACUUAGAAGAUCAAAUGCAACAGUGCGUUAAUAUCUUACAUGGCCCGCACGGGAACCUACAAGAUCAACUGAAUGCAUUACACGAUCACGUAGAUCAUUAUACUAAACAAGUCGCAAGCAUGAGUGCUGCCACCGGAAGCAUAACUCCAGAACUACUUAAGGAUCUACAAGGUUUGAUGGGAUUAUACGAAACUGUACAAAAUAUGCAAACUCAGCUUAAUCAAGUUUAUGAAACCUCAACACAUUUAGCUUCAGAAAAAGAGGAGAGACUACAUAAUUUCAACGCGUUAUUGGAGCAAAUGGAACUGCUAAAGGCCAUAAAGUUAGACCGUGAGGAUAUGGUUGAAGCUUUAGCCGAUAAAGCGGACCUGCGAAUGUUGGCGCGUAAAGUUUCCCACGACCAAUUUGAAAUGGCAUGCGAUGACUUGUCGAGUGGCUUAGAACAUGCUCUUGACAAGCUGAAUGUUCAGGAAUCACUUUGGCAACAAGCAUUGGAUGAUAUUCAACGAGAAAUUGAGGCGAAACUCGACAAGGUAGAACUGUCUCCCGUAAGAGACUUCUUCAACAGUAAACUGAAGCAAUUACAAGAAAACUUGAAACAGAUCAUAUCAAUGCGCCGUGAGACCGAAGCUGCUGGCACUAAGAAAAAAUUAUUGAACGAUGUAAACUGCAUUUCGUGCGAUGCAAAAGCAUUUAUGUCGAUGGAACCAGGUGAAGCCAUGCCACCAAAACCCCUAAAACCUAGUAUGUCAAUGAAGCCUUACCUAACAUAUGAAUUAGAUACUAUACGGAAGACUCAAGCUACUAGCUUAUCAAACCGAAAUAUGCAUGAUUGGGAAAAAAUAGACAAACAAAUGACUGCAACGAAACAACCACAAAAAGUCAGAUCAGACACUGACAAACAUUUAUGCAACCGUUACUGUGGUGGAUCACAUACAACAACGACUCCUGCGCAGCGAGUCGCACGUCUUGGACACUUUAUCAAGCAAUGGGGACCUGAGGUGCUGCCACUGUCGGGUAAAUUUGCUACUGGUGAUGAUGGAAGGUUGUACAAAGUGUGUGACGAAGAAGGCGCCAAAGUUGGACCAGGUGGCGCUGUAGAUGCUAUGCCCCCGGCCAAGGCCCCUUCUCCGCCCCCAUCCGUCAAGAAAGCUGAUUCAAAGUCGGCGGUUGCGAAGACUUCUCCCUUUAAUGAUUGUCGCUGCUUAGACGAACGGCUUCCGAAGAACUGA